AUGGCUGUGGCGUUGGAUGCAGUGUGGGUGCGAGUAAAGGGAGUGUGUCAACAGAAUGGCCUGCUCAUCCUCUCGGUGAUGGCUGUUGUUAUUGGAUGCCUGCUCGGAUUCUUUCUGCGCUCCAAGAACCUCUCAGAGCAGGAGGUGCAAUACUUCCAGUUCCCGGGAGAGCUGCUGAUGAGGAUGCUAAAGAUGUUGAUUUUGCCUCUGGUUGUGUCCAGUUUGAUGUCAGGUCUCGCUGCGCUGGAUGCCAAAUGUUCAAGCCGACUUGGCCUCAUCACAGUCUCUUACUACCUGUGGACCACCUUCCUGGCCGUGGUGGUGGGCAUCGUAAUGGUGAUCAUCAUCCAUCCGGGUGGAAUGGCACAGAAAGAAGACUCAGAGGACAGCGGGAAACCCAUCAUGAGUUCUGCUGACGCCCUGCUCGACCUCAUACGAAACAUGUUUCCAGCCAACCUUGUUCAAGCCACAUUUCAACAGUAUCGUACCAACAGUGUGCCCAUUAUGAAGAGCCCAAAGACGACAGUGGCCACCGGCCUGACAGAGACGACCACUCGCCGCGCUCUUAUCUACGGCAUUCAGGAUGAUAAUGGGACGGAUUUUCGAAACUUCCAGCUGGAUUUGACUCCGCCUCCUGAUGUUGUGUUUCGAACGCUUCCUGGCACCAGUGAAGGCAUGAAUGUGCUGGGCAUCGUAAUUUUCUCUGCCACCAUGGGUAUAAUGUUGGGCAGAAUGGGUCCGAACGGCAGCGCUCUGGUGAACUUUUGCCAAAGUCUCAAUGAAGCUGUGCUGAAAAUUGUUGCUAUAGUUAUCUGGUAUUUCCCAUUUGGUAUUGUGUUUCUGGUGGCCGGGAAGAUUCUGGAGAUGAGCGACCCAUCCGCGAUGGGAAAGAAGCUGGGCUUUUACGCCAUCACUGUGGUAAUGGGCCUUAUUCUACAUGGCCUCUUCAUCCUGCCCAGCAUGUACUUCUUCAUCACCAAAAAGAGUCCCAUUGUCUACAUCAGAGGAAUCCUGCAGGCUCUGCUCAUUUCACUGGCCACAUCAUCCAGUUCAGCCACACUGCCUAUCACCUUCAAGUGCUUGCUGGAGAACAACCACAUCGACCGGCGAAUCAUUCGCUUCGUGCUUCCCGUGGGGGCCACCAUCAACAUGGACGGCACCGCGCUCUAUGAGGCUGUCGCAGCCAUUUUUAUCGCCCAGGUCAACAACUACGAGCUUGACUUUGGCCAAAUCAUCACAAUCAGUAUUACAGCGACAGCAGCAAGUAUUGGUGCUGCCGGAAUUCCACAGGCUGGCCUGGUCACUAUGGUAAUAGUGUUGACGUCUGUCGGACUUCCCACUGAUGACAUCACUCUCAUUAUUGCUGUAGAUUGGGCCUUAGACAGAUUUCGCACCAUGGUCAAUGUGAUGGGAGAUGCUCUGGCUACAGGAAUCAUGGCGCAUAUCUGCAGAAAAGACUUUAUCAAAGAAGGAGAAGGGGUUCCUCUCAUCUGUGAAACAAAGCCCAUGAACAACCAGGCCUUGCCAAACUGUCAACAGAAUAACGGUAGUUUCCAGCCUCCUCCACCAGUGGGAAAAACUGAGCGCAUCCCUCCAGAGGUGGCCCGCCUCAUGCAGCUGGAAGAAGGUGUGCGUCUGCUACCUCCAGAGCAGAAAAAGCCCCCAGUACCGCCUCGCCACCUUAAACACAGAGACAAGGACCAUUGUGCUGUCGAUAUGAAUGGUCUCGAGACGAACGUAUAG